GCAUCAGAGAUAGACUUUAAUGUAAGUAAAUAUUAUUAUGGUCUGUUAAACCCUGUUGGAGAAUUCCCACUUCUUUUCAAAUGGGGUUUCAUUUCUAUUAAUUAUAGAAUAAAUAAAAAGCCAGAAAUGAGCGCAAUCUUUGUACAGACACAAGCAGCACUCAAAGCAAGACCAAUCGCAGCAUGCCUCUCUUCAUCUAAAGAAGCCUUAUCUCCAUGUUUAUCACUCCUAAAGGUGCUAUUCAAGUCCUUAAUUUCUUACAGUUUCAUGGACGGUGCUUUGCUUAACCCCAUUUCAGGUUCACGUGGUUUCACCUCAAAGAACAAUGCUUUCCUCGGAGGUCAAUUUCACAGCAGACAUUUUCUUUGGUAUAAUUCACGCCGUUCUCGGAGGAAACAAAGAGGGCUUGCGGUUUCACCAAGCUGUGUCCUUCCACUGACUGAGGAGAAUGUGGAGAAGAUUUUGGAUGAGGUACGGCCUAGCUUAAUGGCUGAUGGAGGGAAUGUGGCUUUGCACGAAAUAGAUGGCCUUGUUGUGGUAUUAAAGUUGCAAGGGGCAUGUGGCUCAUGUCCAAGCUCAACAAUGACCCUAAAGAUGGGAAUUGAAACACGCCUCCGAGAUAAAAUUCCGGAAAUUCUGGAAGUAGAGCAGAUCAUGGAUACUGAGACAGGGCUUGAGCUAAAUGAAGAAAACGUUGAAAAGGUUCUUGAUGAGAUUAGACCGUACCUGGUAGGCACUGGAGGUGGGGAACUUGAGCUUGUUCAGAUAAAUGACUACGUUGUAAAAGUUCGGCUUAGUGGGCCUGCAGCUGGCGUUAUGACCGUCCGUGUUGCUUUAACUCAAAAGUUGAGGGAAAAAAUACCUGCUAUUGCAGCAGUCCAACUUCUUGACUGAAAGAAACAAUGAGGAACAUCAUAUUUUGUAAAGCUCAAAUACCAUUCACUGCCCAUAUUCCUUAGACCAAGUGUAAUCCAACUUUAAAUCCUUACAUGAAUAUACCAAGUUUUCUGAAUUGAUGGACUU